AAAGGCGCGUGUCCGCGGCGGGGUGGCUGCGAGUGCGCGGCCAUGUGCGCCUAGCGCUUGCUGCCCUGGGUCGCGCGGCCGAGGCCCACGGACCUUCAGCCGGGCCAAGAGCAUCGGAGACGGUACAUCAGGCUCCUAUGUAAGGGAAAGAUCGUGACCAUUCACCAUGGCGUAUGGCUUGCCAAGAAGGAACACAGUACAAACCAUUUUGAAGGGCAGUUGUUAUAAAGUACAGGAACCAUGGGACCUUGCAGAGCUCACAAAGACCUGGUACACAAACUUAGUGAACAUCAGGUUGCCGUUCUUGGGAGAAAUUGCUUUUGGUAGUCCUGUGAAGCUCACAACACGCAAAACCGUCAAGGAUGGCUUGCUCCCUUCAGCACAAUCCAUCAAACUCGAAAAUGAGUAUGAAAAAAAGCGCCUAAUAAAGCUGAAGUGUCAGGAGGACGCGAGUGAGGAAAUCCAGGCUUCGCUAAGGCAGCAGAGAGCUGGCUUGCGAAGACCGCUUCAACCCAAGUGACCCAGUGUGCGGCUGAAUCUGAACCUGUUUCCGGCAGUCUCUGUGGGUGACGUGGCUUGGUGGGCACACUGGCAGAGUUCCCGGGUUCCUGCUACACUCUUGUUCUCUGUGCGCAUACAGCAGCCCUCCCUGUAAGUAGAUGACAGAUCACCCUGGGGUUGAGUCAUUCUGUGUCAGUCAUUUCGUGCUUGUACGAUGGCGUGGGAAAAGGACGGCGCUUGGGAGAGGCAGCAUUCUGAAGAAACGUCUGGACAUGCGACUUUGAGAUCCCAGAGAGAGUUCUCAGAAAGCUGGUGAGAGAGGAGCUCCUCUCUUCACGGUGAGAAACUCUCUUCACAACGAGAAACCGUACAUUUUUCAUCUGGUUAAGAGAAAGCUAGGUUUCAUUUCCGUGACGCUACGGUCAUUGAUUUCUGGUAAAGCAUCACUUACUAUUGUCAUGUGCACUUUAUUUUUUAACUUCUUAUUGUGUGGUACUUAAUUGUCAAGCCACUUCCCCUCUCGCUAAUGUUCUCUCCACAAUGGACCUGGAGCAGGUGCAGCCCUGUGCUGGAAAGGAACGCAAAGGGACAGAGAUGGCCUUAUUGGGAGGAAGUCUCAUAUUUGCAGAGUGGCUGGGGAAUGAGGAAUUAACUGGAAAGAACUGCCUUUGUAUGAACCAAGUUUUCUAAAAUUUGCACACAAUAAAGCAUAUUUGGAUACUAA